AAAAAGUAGAACCAUUGAGAUAUGAUAAAAUGGAGGGAGUUGUUUACCUGUUUUAAUUAACGGUCAGAGCAUGUUUGUUCAAGCAUGUCCUCAUGAUCAUUCCUCUUUCUACGCUCAAUUCUUCUUCUUUUCCAUCUUCUCUCCCCCAUUCAUCUUGUCUAUCUAGCUAGCUACUACACCUUCAUUUUCACUCUUUUAUCUUUCUCAAUAGAUUAAUCAAUUGUCAACCAACCAUGGAUGAAGAAUACGACGUUGUCGUUCUAGGAACCGGUCUUAAGGAAUGCAUUCUUAGCGGCCUCCUCUCCGUCGAUCGACUUAAAGUUCUUCACAUGGAUAGGAAUGACUAUUAUGGAGGAGAAUCCACCUCACUUAAUCUUAACCAGCUGUGGAAGCGAUUUAAAGGAAAUGACGCGCCACCAGAUCCGUUGGGUUCUAGUAGAGACUACAAUGUUGAUAUGAUCCCAAAGUACAUAUUGGCUAACGGCGCCUUGGUUCGAGUUCUAACCCACACUAAUGUUACAAAGUAUCUAAAUUUCAAAGCUGUCGAUGGUAGUUACGUCUACAACAAGGGGAAGAUACACAAAGUACCUUCUAAUGAUGUGGAAGCAUUAAAAUCUCCACUAAUGGGAUUAUUUGAAAAGCGUCGUGCUAGGAAAUUCUUCAUUUACGUUCAGGAUUAUGAUGAAAAUGAUCCGAAAUCCCAUGAAGGAUUGGAUCUCAACAAAGUCACUGCGAAAGCUCUUGUAUCGAAAUAUGGACUAGAAGACAAUACAGUUGAUUUUAUAGGCCAUGCACUUGCUCUCCAUCAAGAUGACAGUUACUUGGAUCAGCCUGCAAUGGAUUUUGUGAAGAGAGUCAAGCUAUAUGCAGAUUCUUUGGCUCGUUUUCGAGGAAGUUCUCCUUAUAUUUACCCACUGUAUGGACUGGGAGAACUGCCACAGGCAUUUGCUCGUCUAAGUGCUGUAUAUGGUGGUACCUACAUGCUUAACAAGCCUGAAUGCAAGGUAGAAUUUGGCGAGGAUGGAAAAGCAUAUGGAGUGACUUCAGAGGGUGAAACUGUAAAAUGCAAGAAAGUAGUUUGCGAUCCUUCGUACUUACCUGAAAAGGUAAAGAAAGUUGGGAAAGUAGCUCGUGCAAUAUGUAUAAUGAGUCAUCCCAUCCCCAAUACACACGAAGCUCAUUCAGUUCAGAUUAUUCUGCCUCAGAAACAACUUGGGCGUAAAUCUGACAUGUAUCUCUUUUGCUGCUCUUACUCUCACAAUGUAGCAGCAAAGGGUAAGUUCAUUGCGUUUGUAGCAACAAAAGCAGAAACGGAUAAUCCUGAGGUCGAACUAAAGCCUGGAACAGAUCUUCUUGGACCUGUAGAUCAAAUUAUUUUCGACACUUAUGACAGAUAUGAACCUGCCAAUGACCAUACAGUUGACAAUUGCUAUAUAUCAACUAGUUACGAUGCAACUACACAUUUCGAGUCUACGGUAGCUGAUGUCAUAACUAUGUACAGUCAGAUAACUGGAAAGACACUUGACCUGACAAUGGAUCUGAAUGCAGCUACUGCUGCUGCUGAAGAAGAUUGAGUUAUUGUGCUGAAAUUUCUCGACAAUGGUUUAUGUUAAUUUUUUAUUAUAAAUUAUUGCAAGUACUCUUAUAAUGAACCAAUAAGACGAUAUGUAAUUUUGCAUGUUUUUUAUACUGUGAGAAGUUUAUAGGACAAAUGUUCUUGUAUUUCAUGGGAUCAAUGUAAAUGCAGUUUUAUUUU